AUGCCAUGGAGCUCAGAAAUACUCUAUCAGACGACUAUAUCUAAGAAGUCAAAGGAAAUCGAAGCAAAAGAACACAAAGAACUAUUAGAAGACAAAUACCUCCUAUCUAUCUACUCAGACGCCUCAGCUACUAGCAAAGGCAAGGGUAUAGGAGUAGGAGUAGCUUUCUACAAAGGAGCUAGCCUUAUAGCUCAGGAAAAGGUUAAUAUAGGAUACAACCAGCUAGUCUACAACGGAGAGCUAGAGGGUAUUACCCUAGGCCUAGAGAAAGCUAUCGAUCUAGCUAUUGCCCUCAACUCUACUACUUAUGCUGCAAGGUAUAAGUGGAAGACUAGGAAGCAGAUUGCCACUCCUCCUCUUACUAGUAGAGAAGUCUCUAGCGCCUUCUUUCAACUUAAGCUAGGCCACUGUUACCUAAGAGACUUUCUCUUUACGCGAGACAAAGUAGACUCUAAAGUUUGCCCCUGCAACUAUAGAGCUACUCAAGAUCCUACCCAUAUCCUCCUUAGCUGUACGCUAUAUAAGGAGGCUAGGAUAAAGAUGCAGGAGGCGAGCAAGGACCCCCUAUCGCUAGCCUUCCUGCUAAACACGAGCGUAGGCAUACAGGCUACUAUUGCCUUUAUUGAAGAAACUAGGGCUGCAACACAGGCCUGGCACAAAGGAAACCUCGAGAACUAG